AUGGGUUAUACAGAAUCGGUUGUCUUGAUCGAGGAACAACCAAAGGCUGAAAGACCCACUCUGUGUUCCCCAAAUGUUUCAAAAGGAAUCUUAGAAAAAUUCAACCAGUACAUCUCCCACACCACCAGAGCUCAUGCUUUGGGGGAUAAGGUCUACAUUAUCACAGAGGUAAAGUUCAAGAGAGAGGAAACCGAAGACAUCACAAGUGCUUCUGCUCGUCUUUUGGAAGCCAGACAAGCCGCAGGCGUUCAUGAGUUAGGGUCUGGUCCUUCCCAAAAAUGCAUGCCUGCUCUUCAAUAUAGGUUGGUUCAUAAAUCUGAAGGAAUUUGCCUUGGUGGCACUGCUAAACCUGUUCAUGGCGAGUGUAUGUUUCUCCUGGAAGAAGGACAGACCAGGUACACCGGUUUGAGCAGUUGUAUUCCAACUUUGAAUUAUAUGAACGAUACCAUACUGAAUUCAUAUAAACAGGACAACUUGCUGGUAAUACUUAUUGCUAAGUUUAAGAGUCCUCAAUGGUUCACCCAGAGAAAGAACCAUAAUAUUGUUGUUCCAGGAAUACCAUUCAAAAGCUUCUCACAGCUUCACCUUACACUUAAGGGACCUAACCCUUUAACUAUAAAUAAAUGGGCAUCCCGGUUUCGAGUGAUCAACGUGAAGGUAGACCUUCAAGAACUUACUACUUGGGGAAGUGAAGAACCGUUUGAAUCUUCUUCCAAAGAGCUACGCCAUAGGACUUUAAGUGAUCUCCCUUGUUCGGAGUGGCUUUGGACUCCAAAUUCUAACUCCUUUACUUCCCACGAAUCGGUCACUCUUGAAGCACCGGAGAAAUUGUUUGAUUACGACUUCCCGAACGUUGAACCAACAUUUUUUUACAACAACUUGCUUAGACAAUAUGCUUUAAAGUUCACCCUUACUUUAAAAAAUGAAGAAAGCAAGGAGGACUUCAAUUUAUCUACUUUAUUGGAAAUAAAUGUCGCAAAGCAAGCUACACUUUUCGAAUCGCUCACCCAAAAUAUCAUUUCAGGACCGCAAUCGUUUGACAGUGUCAUUUGCAAGGUACCGUUCGUGUUCAACUUGGGAACCCGCCGCUCUUUGAGAAAUUUGGGGCUCACAUUCAAAACCAUUUAUACUGGUCAUACUCGUUUUGAGCACGAAGAAAGCUCUAGAACUGUAGCGGCAGGCAUUCCAGUUCCAGAUUUUUUAAAACUACUGUUUAGGAUUCCUUAUGAAAAGGCCACCCGUGCUAAACCAUGGAAAAACACAAUCGCCCGGUUAACAAAGGUGACUGUGUCCGUUGAAUCAUUCUGCUAUGAGGAUGAGGAUUACGUCAACCUCAAUCGUAAGGAGACAAUUGUCUUAAGGAAAGAGCUUGAUUUACGGCUCCUCUUUAAGAAAUUUGAACAGAAGGAUGGCUACAUCGAGUAUUGUGUUCCACGAAGCAACUAUGACUGCAUUGACAGAGCUGAUAUACUCAAUUUCCAACGUGCUCUUUGCUCUCAAGAUGGUUGUCUUUUGAAGAUUUCUCAUCCUCGGAUAGAGAGUCCUUUCACCGACCAGGAACAGCUCCCAAUCGCUCCAUAG